UUAAACCACAAGACCGAGGUUGGGUCAGAGGUCAACACAGCACGUUGCGACGAUCGGAAAAUUCGUCUGUACAAAAAAUGGGGAAAGUUAAGAAGGUAAAGCGGCUCAAAACAGAGCAACAUGCGGGGUCGCUUGCCGAGCAGAUCGUCGAGGACCAGUCCGUGAGACCCUCGCAGAGGACGAAGGAACGGAAAGCCGCCGAGGAGCCGGAAGAGUCGUUUGUAGACAAGAACCUGUCCAGGAAGAUUCUCCAGCAGGCCAGGAGACAGCAGGAGGAGUUGGAGGAGGAGCAUGGAGUGGUGAGGAAGGGGAGGAAGUCUGCCGCCGAGAAGACGGUGACACUCGGGGGACCGUCCACGGCCGAGGAUGACUCUGAGGAGGAGGAGGAGGAUGAAGAGGAGAGGACCGAGGAUGAGCAGUACGACUAUCAGGAGGUGGAGGUUGAUGAAGAUGAUGAGAAGGCGUUGGAACUGUUCAUGUCUGCUAACCCGCCCGUACGCCGAACGCUCGCCGACAUCAUCAUGGAGAAGAUCACGGAGAGGAAAACAGAGCUGGCCAGCCAGAGGUCAGAUGGCAGCCUCCCUAUGCCUGACCUUGACGAGAGGGUAGUCAGGGUGUACAAGGACGUUCGGCAGAUUCUGUGUCGCUAUCGGAGCGGGAAACUCCCCAAGGCCUUCAAGAUCAUCCCUGCACUGGCCAACUGGGAACAGAUUCUGUACAUCACUGAGCCUGAAACUUGGACUGCUGCAGCCAUGUACCAAGCCACACGUAUCUUCACUUCCAACCUUAAUGCCAAGAUGGCACAGAGGUUUUUCAACCUCGUCCUUCUUCCAAGAGUCCGUGAUGACAUCACAGAGUUUAAGAGAUUGAACUUUCACCUGUACAUGGCACUGAAAAAGGCUUUGUUUAAGCCAGCAGCUUUCAUGAAGGGAAUUCUGCUGCCUUUGUGUGAGAGUGGUACAUGUACGCUACGAGAAGCCAUCAUCGUGAGCAGCGUGCUCGCCAAGACCUCCAUCCCCGUCCUCCACUCCAGUGCCGCCAUGUUGAAAAUCGCGGAGAUGGACUACAACGGCGCGAAUAGCAUCUUCCUGAGGGUCCUACUGGACAAGAAGUACGCUCUGCCGUUCAGAGUGGUGGAUGCUAUGGUCUUUCACUUCCUAAGGUUUGUGAGUGACAGGAGACAGCUCCCUGUCCUGUGGCACCAGUGCCUGCUGACCUUCGUACAGCGCUACAAGGAGGACCUGGCCAGCGAGCAGAAGGAAGCCAUCAUCGACCUGCUCCGUGCCCAGACGCACGAACAGAUCACGCCAGAGAUCCGCAGGGAACUCCUCAACUCCAAGUGUCGUGACCAGGAAACCGACGAGCCAAUGGCAGCCGCAGUGCCAAUGAAAGGAGCGUCCUCAUUGGCUGGAGCUUCUUCUAGAACUGUGCACUUUGCAGAGAUGGAUUAAAGUACAACACAGAAGUGGUCAAAUUUGGAAGUUCACUUUCCAAAUCUAAGGAGCACCCAGCUUGUCAACUU